UUUAAGACUUAAGAAUACUGUUGUGUUAUGUACUGUACUGAUAAGGAUUUGACUAUAAAUAAUUAAACUUCGGCUUUACAAUACAGUACUACUAAAAGUAAAACAUUUAAAAUACAAUGGAUUUACCAAAACUUUCUCACAACUUAUUGCCACUACCGGUUAAGGAAGUAGUUAAUACACUACGAACUUCAUAUAAAUUAAACAGACAGCGCCCGCGAAGAUUAUCCAACAUCUAUCCUGAGUAUUCACAGAAAUAUCCAGUCAUUCCAUUAAAAUCAAGAUUGGCUCAAACUCCGUCAGGUGUGAACUCGUCACAGCCAUUCUUCCCACCUGAUUAUGUGCCUAUGACUUUAAAAAAGCCUACAGCUACAGUAACAAAAAUGGAUAUGUUUGUACCAAGUCCUGGGCAGAUAAAUGUUACCAGCCCAAAUACAUCAAUCUAUGAGAACGACAGAGUUGAUAGAAACGUUUAUUGUAGAAAUACCAGACCUUUUUCAAACCCAAGUGUUGAAUCUGCACUUUCAGAAGAUAUGGGUAAUCUUGAUGACAAAAUAGAGGACAGUACACUCCAGAAUUUGUUGACACCAGAUGUCAUGAACACACUGCAAGCUGGUUUAAACUCUACGUCUGAACUGUUUUGGUCAGAAAAACUGGAAAAUACGCCAUUACAUGAAGGAACUGAUGCCUUUGGAGCAAAUGCCACCCUGGCUCAGCUUAACCUUGAGCCGGACUUGUCUUUUGUAAAUGAUGUUUUGGGAUUAGACCAAGAUGACAGCAAAAUGGGCUAUUCACCUUUAGAAUUUUUGUGCAAUGAAGUGAAUUCAAGUAGUUGUCAUUCUGUGUCGUCAAAUACAGCAGAUUGUUCUCCAAUAAAUGUCAUGUGCCCAUCUGAUUCAACAAGGAGAUUUACCGCGUUAGGUAGCUCUAGUGUUGAUCAUCAGAAGGAUUUGAACAAUGUCGGACAGACUUAUGUCACAAGCAUUGGUCCAGUUAAACACAACUUCCCACCUCGGGCCUCACAGCCCCCACUGAUUGGUGUUGUGGCGCCUGUAAAAAAGACAAAAGAGGAGAAAUAUAUUUCCACAAACGAUAAUGACGAAUGUCAUAAAGAUCUCCAGUCGCAGUCGCCAAAUCUCCACAAGCUUCUCUGUAACCCUUUUUCACAGACAGUCAAGUUAGAGCCCCAUAACUCUACAAAGUCCACUUACACAACCCUUGUUGAGGUACCUGCACAGAUUGUGCCAUCCUCUGGUGCCCCGAAAAGAACUAGCAGUGGUCAGAUCAAACAGGAACCACUCUCACCUGGAAUAGAGUUCAGGCCUAUGUUUAAACAGGAACUGUUGGUAAAGGAGGAAUCAACUGAAGAGAAGUGGAAAGACAUUGAAAACUUCAUUCACAACCCUGAUGAAACGCAUUUGAUGAAAAAGAGAAGACGUUUUGAUUCAGGCAGUUCUAGUCAAAUAUCUGAUGAUGAUGAUGAAUGCUCAUCUUCAUAUGGUGGUAAAGAUGAAGAUGGAAGUGAUGAUGAGUACUCAGAUAUCGAUGCAGACAUUGUGGACAUGUCCCCUACUGAGUGUGAGUCCCUCAUUGCCAUGGGCAAAAAACAAAAACAAUACUUCUGGCAGUACAACGUGCAAUCAAAAGGCCCUAAAGGAACAAGGCUUAAGCUUUCAGUGGAGUCACCGGCAGACCCCCAUGUUUUGAACGACUUUGAAGACCCAGUGUUUGAUGAGUGCAACACAUCCAUCGCUGGUAUCCGGCAUGGCGGGAAGGCAAGAAAAGGUGACGGCAAUGAGAUUACACCCAACCCCAGAAAGCUGUUUAUGAUUGGACAUCAGUUGAUGAAACUCAACCGUCAGAUCAACGCUUGUCAGUUGGGCUCAGACGUACCAACUGCCAAAAGAAACGAGUCACGGAAGGAGAAAAACAAGCUGGCGUCAAGGGCAUGCAGGUUAAAGAAAAAAGCCCAGCAUGAAGCCAACAAAAUCAAGUUGUAUGGACUAGAGCAAGAACACAGUCAGCUGAACACAGUGUUGCGAUUUAUCUGGCCACAUAUUCGUGACCGGGCUCAAGUACUACUUAAUCAGGCAAAGCCUUUCUACCCAUGUAGUCCACUGAUGACUAUGAUUGAAGAAAACAUUAACCAGAAUUACAAAAAUCUGAUUGCUGGCAAUACAACGGACUAUGUCAACUCAGUCAUUUUGAAAGUAGAAAGUGGUGACAACAAUGGAGGGUUGACAAUUAAAAAGAACAGAAAAACAUGAAUCUCACAUGUGACAUUUAAUAAAUAACAGCAACAUAGCCAUGGCUGUUUUGUAAACACUCUUAUAUAAACUGAUUAGUUAAAUAACUCUUGUCUCAAAUUAUGUUUUUAAACCCCUUUGUAUUAAUAACACAGUUUUUAAUGUUUAAUUACCUUUUCUUCUGAAGACAAAAAAUUCUGUUUGGCUUUUGAAGCUUUUAUUUUGUGCCUUACCAAAAGAUUUAGGUUUCAAACCCUACCUUAUUUGACUCUGAGGCACAGAAUGAAAGUGCUCUCCAUACAUAAUACAUUUUACUGCCACCAGUUUUUUCUAAAACAUCUGAUAAUAUUGAAGAACUAGAGCAUCCGUUUUAUUUUGUCUCUGCUGUUUGAAAAGAAAUUUUAAAUUAUGUUUUUAUACAAAUGACAAACUUCAUUCUCAAUCGUCUUUCAAUUUUAAAAAAUGACUCUUAGUUAUUUUUCAAAGAAGGUUUUUUCAAAACUUUUAAAAUUGGUUUAUUUCUACUUGUGGCAUCAUAUAUGCAGCAUAAAGACACUUGACACAUACUAAAGCAUGCAUUUCAUGUAAAUACAUUUACAGCUUUUUUUUUAUACUGUGCUCAAAAGUAUGUGGACAACUAAACCAUAUUGUUAAUUUGAUUGAAAAUGAUGGUUACUCAAAAUAUUUUUUAAAUAGCCAACGCUAUUUAGAAACUAAAUGAUCUGUAAAAAAAAAUUGAAGUUUUCUGUUGAUCAUUUACAAAAUUGUAUUAUUUCUAGUAUGCAUUUCUCAGGCAUUUAUCACUAUCAUUCCUUGUAAUUUUCAGUUUAUAUUUUCAUUAUUUUGUUUCCUACAGUACAUUCUUCACAGUAAAACAUUCUAUUUUUCUCCACAAAAGAAAUCCAUUUAAAUCUAUUAUGUAAAUAUUAGUCUAGUUGCUGUGUGUUGUUUGAGUAGUUUAAAGCUGAACUUAUUGUACAUUGAGUAGUUCUGUGUUAUUCAAUGAUAGUUGUACAUAGAAAGCUGCUACUCCGUGUUAAUACAAGUAUUUUUGUAGUAACUGUAAGAAGCUGUUGUACAAAUAAUAGAGCUAAUUUGUUAAUUUUGUUUCUUCAGUAUUAUGAUCAUUUGUUUCCCAGUAACCUCGUAGUUAUUUCCCAAUAUCAAUGUCAUAGUUUUUUUCCACAUCACUUGAACAAUGUUAACAAGUCCAUGAUUUACGUAAAAUCUACAUAUCAGUGUUUUGUGAACAUUUUAGAAAAUUUCUGUACUGUCAUGCAGUAUCUUAUUUAGUUAUUAAUCUUGGUAUCUGUGAUAUCCUUUAAAACUGAUGUUCACUGAAAAUUUUACUGCCAAAAACUUGAAUCCUACUCUGAUAAUUUUUUUAUAGUGAUUUUUUUUUUUCUAUACUCAACUUUUCACUAAAUACUUCUUUAAAAUUAUUCAUUUUAAAAUUUACUGUAAAUAAUUAACCAUUAUGACUUUUUAAGUAUUGUUUGAAUAUUUGUAAAACAAAGUCAUAGGUGUUGUUUAUGCAUUCAUCAGAAUGUAAUUGAAACAGGUGUAGUUAAAUAUAGUUGUAGAACAAGAAGUUCACCCUGUAUAAUUUCAUUCUCAUUUGUCAAUCACUGUUGAGACUACACAUUGUACCUUAAAAUUAAAAAAAUUAAAAAAUUAACUCAAACACGAUUUAUAAAAAUGUUGAACAAAAACGACAGCAAUACAAUAAUGAUUUUGUUUAUAAGUUAUUACUGAUUUGACAUUUUUUUGCUGUAAAUAAAGUCUUAAUGAAAUACCGUCAUUGCCUUCUGGAUAACCAGCCAUUUUUAUGACUAUUUUUGAGUAUUUUUAAAGUUUGCUUUGUGAAUUACUAUUUAUUGAAUGGCUUUAAAGUUUUUACUUUUAUUAUAACUUUAAUGAUUAGGUACUUGUGUGGUUUUAAUCAUGUAAUAUUUCUCGUCACCAAUUAUGUGUUUGUACAAAAGUGUAAAUAGAUGUCACAUGCUGUUUUUGUAAAUACAACAAAUUGACUUAAGAAUAUGAAAAAGACUUUCUGAAUUUUAAUGUUUAAUAAUAGUUACAAAAAAUACAAAUUUUUGUGAUCAUUUUUCAGUUGUUAUAUUUAAGAAAACCUGAUGUGAUAUUAUAUUGUUGACUAUUUUGUGUAAUAAAGGUUAAAAAUUUA